CCCGGACACGGUAUCCCGAAAGCGAUUUCUUUUUGUUGUCUAAAACGUGAGAAAGCAAAAACAUUUUUAACAAUUUCCAACACCAUGCGCAAUCACAAACAACAAACAACAAACAAAACCGUCUCAUACUCAACGAAAAAAAUAAAAAAACCCACAAUGACACUCCUACCCCUAACCAAUUCCUUUUAUCAAUUGGAACCCACACAAAAAUUUCUUUACAAGUGGGGAAUCACAAAAUGUCACAUUCAUUUCUGUAUGGUAAUUUUAUACGCUUGAAUGAUCUCAUACGUGGCACCCUGCUUUAAUACAACAGACCAUGAGAAUCAUUCAAACCCAUACUAUUAAAUUUUUUAAAAUAUAUUAUCUAAUGCUUUUUUUUUUUUUUUUUCAUAAUUCAUCUAAUGCUUUUAUUUUGCCCCAAAUAGUGUCAUUUGAUUUCUCAAAAUAGUAGUGCCGAAUAAUCUGUUGUUUUUUUUUUUUUUUGGCUGAUUUAACAUGUUCUAGGCGUCUGCAGGCGGCAUCGGCAGAUCCAGGGGUGCUAAUUUUUUUUUUUACUAUACUUAAAUUUAGCCCAGUCUAAAAAAAUAAAAAAUUAUUACUAAUAUUAGUCCAUCCAAUAAAAUAGAAACUCACUCCAUUGACAAUUUCCGAAUUUGCAGUUGUAUGUAUGCAGGUGAUCCAAAGUCCUCCGAACUGAACUUUGCAUUACUAAAAUAUUCUUAAAGAUAUUGAAAUUAAUGUUUGUAGUCCCAAGUGGCACAUUGUUAUCAGUACCAUUUCCAUAUAUAUAUUGCUUGUUUUCUAAGUUAAUUCACUAGUUGAAAGAAGAAUGGGAGAAUCAAAAGGGUUUUUUGCAUAUAUCUGCUACUUCAUCUUAUUUUUCCCUGUCUUUGUGUUCCUCUUUGUUCUGGGCAUCAUCAAAGGUGGUGUAUUCAGCCCUUUUGUGUUUCUGGUGAUUGCUUUUGGAGAUAUAGGUGUUGUGAUUGGACUAUGGCCUUGCCAUCUUGUUUGGAGUAUCUACUGUAUAGCAAGAACGAAGAAAUUCGGUCCAUAUAUGAAGUGCCUAUUGAUUCUAACAGUCCCAAUACCAAUAGCAUUGUGGACUAUCGUUGGAGUAGUAGGGAGUGUAAUCAUGGGUGUUGGAUACGGCUUUGUUUGGCCGGUGAUGGAAACAUUCAAGGCAAUUAGCAAGGAAGGUGUUUCAUUUCCAAUGAAGCUGAUUAAAUGCUUCACGGAUGGUACUUGGAGUAAUGUUUGGGGUGCCUGCACCAUUGUUCGUGAUUUUGCAGAUUUUUCCUUCCAUUCGUACUUCUCGGUCAUGGAUGAUUUGCUCAAGUCAAAAGGGGAGGAACCCAUAGAAUUAAAGGUUUUUCAAAUACCAGGGUGCAUUUUGUGUGCCAUUCUUGGAGUUCUAAUUGAUGUGCCUUUUAUUACUUUAAUAGUGCUUUACAAAGCUCCCAUCUUGCUUAUUAAAGGAUGGCAUCGGUUGAUACAAGAUCUUAUUGGCAGAGAGGGCCCCUUUUUGGAAACUCUUUGCGUCCCCUUUGCCGGGCUUUUGAUUUUAUUGUGGCCAGUUGUUGUACUUUUCAGUAUAUUUGCAGGAAUCGUUUCAAGCUUUUCCUUUGGAUGCUAUGCUGCUAUUGUUGUAUAUCAGGAAAGUUCUACGAAAAGAGGAUUGCUCUAUGUAGUUGCUUCUUUAUCUUUGUUUGAUGAGUACACAAAUGAUUUCCUUUAUCUACGAGAAGGGUCGUGUUUUCCAAGACCUAGAUACCGUGAGGGAGUAAGCUUCACUUCUUCAUUGCUUCCUGCGAAGGGAUUGCACGAGCAGCUUGAUGUUGUCCGCACCAAGGAACCUCUGAUAAAGACACCUUCUGAGAAAAAGAAGGCACUGAAUUCUGCACUGAUAUGGGAAAACUUCUUUAAAGCAUGUGAGCUUACCGGGAAAGAGCUGCUCGAAAAUGGAUCCAUUGGGAUAUUAGAUCUGGAGGCAUGGAAAACUUCAAAGAACAAGAUAGUUAACAUUGGAAUUCCUGCUUAUGCAUUUCUGGAGUGCUUUCUUCGCUCUAUCAAGAGUGGUUCCCCUGGAUUUGUCAUGCGUGACAAUGUUGAAUUAACAAGUUUAAAUAGGCCUGAAGGAAGGGUUUUCGAGUGGCUGUUUGAGCCUAUGAGUAUCAUGAAAGAGCAACUCAAGAGUCUAAAUUUAGUUGAGAACGAAGAGUUGUAUCUAUACAAAUUUUGUCUAUAUUGUGGUGACACAGUAAGAAUUGAAGCUUGGCAGAACGAUGGCGUUCCUCCACAGAAUGAGAUAAGAAGAGCUCAGUUGGAGGGCAUAGGUAGAAGGUUGCAAGGCUUUUGUUUGACACUUUCAAGGCUGCCAACAUCUAGACGCCGGUUUUAUGUAGUAGCGAAAGAGUUGGAGGAAGAAGCAAAGCGGCAAUCUAACAGCUGGGGUGCUGGCAGUGAUUUAGGAGCAGCUGUGUGAAAUUUCUUACUAAUUUGGCAUCUUUGAGGUAACAUUUGCUUGUUUGAAGGUUUUAUCUUUCUUUACAUUGCAUUUUUAAAAAAAAUUGUGAUGGUAGUUGUAGACUGUGCCUUACUAUUCUCUUUAUCUUUUUUUUCUUCCUCUGCCAAGCAAAUGCUUUGCUUAGUAAACGUUAUGUAUUCUUGAUUUUUCGAAUGUCACUUGUGUGCUUCUCUAACGCCUGAACAUUUUGUAUCGUCUUGGGAUUACAAAGUGAAACUUUAUAUAAUUAUAAUUUCUAGGAUGAAAAUUUUGUUGAUUUGGCAAUGGACUACCGUUUUCCUUAAUAUUUCAUGGCUUCUAAUUUUCUAAAGAUUAAUGCGAGUUUGAUCACUUUAUGCACAAAAAUUCAUCUUCCCAUGCAUCAAAUUGGAUUCAAUUGAUUGAGGACCUCUUGCAUUAUGGUGACUGAAAUCUGAUAAUAUUGAGAGUAUCAGCUAAACAAAAAAUCCUAUAUUGCCGCUUCAAGGAUUCUAGUUGGUAGUUGUGUCAGGCGUGCCGGUUGAUAUGAACAGGAAGUUCAUCGCUGGCUUUUCCGAUCAAAGUGAAAUUAUAUACACAUUUUUCAUUGUUGGUCUACAACCAUUAGAAGAUUUUUUAGGUUAUUCCAAUCAGUUUCGGAUAAAGAAUGUUCGAAGAGGAGCUGAAACAAAUGGUACAUUAACUUU